CCAGUCUGACUGCAACACAUACAGACAGACUCCUCUGGACCCCGACACUCGUUCACCUGCUGGCUGUUCCCUUAGAGCUGCCGUGUGUUUGUCUUAAAGAAGAGAAGAGUUCCUGCACCACCAUGGCAGACUGGUGUGACUUAAAGAAUGGCUGUGCUGCUUGGAAAUGAGCUGUCAGCUAUCGCCUAAUGAGAGUACAGCUUGGUGAUUAGUGAAGUGGCAGUUAGAGGCAAUCAUGUGUCAGUCGGAGGAACCAGAGGCCAGACUGGGCCUGAACAGUCCUGAUCCGCUGGUGAGAGAGGCUUUUCUGAUGGCCCAUGACUACAUAGACUAUGUAACCACAGGGGGGGCAGAUGGGACCAUGGGUCCUGCCCCGACAGCCUGCACCGCAGCCCUGCGCCACGCCGGUGACGAGCUCCUCACCCGUUUCCCCAUCUUCUUCAGGCGCUGGCCUCGUGUCUUCCAGGAUGUGACGGAGAACACGGCCUGCCCUAUGCUCAUGAGCAUCCUUGAUGAGCACUUCUUUCCCCCUGCCCCUGGUGGGCGCCGCAGGGACCUGGCCUGGAGCGCAGUGCUGUCGGUGUAUGUGCUGGCUGGCCAGAUGGCCCUGCACUGCCAUGAGAGGGGCAUGACUGGGGUCCUGCCCCAGCUGAAGGAGUGUGUGGGGGCUUACGUAGAGAGGGUCAUCUGCCCUGAGAUACAAGGCAAGGGAGGAUGGAGUGGCUUUGUGUCUCGCUUUGGAGAGAAGCAGGACUUGGAGGGCCAGGUGAAGAGGGUGUGCUGUUGGACACUGCUGGCAUUGGCCGUGAGCAUCCUCGCCUACGUGUUGUGGAAAAGAAUAGCUUAGCCAGCACUGCCACCUAGUGACCACAACCAGAAACUCUCCAAGAACAUACUACCACACUGGAGUCUGCAGAGGCAUUUUAUGGUUUUAAUUCUAUGGAAACUUGUAAGUCAGUUAAGAACUCAUACAUAUAGUCACAGUAAUUCACAUGUCAUUUACUGCACAUAUAAUGUUGUGAUAACAAUGUACAAACCUGUGAUGUAAGGAACAUUUAAGCCAUUCCAAGUAUCACGUGGCAAAAACUGUGAGCUAACAAUGUUUGCACAGGAGCAUAUGGACUUUGAUCUGGUAUUAUAAAUAUAUCCGCUCUGAGCUUCAUGUCAGCUGUGCACAAAGUCUACAUGUAGUCAGUCAGGAUUACAGAGCAGACUGACCAGGCUCAUGGACUGGAUUUAUGGUUCAGUUAUGCUGCAAGAGCCUUGAAAACUCAUCAGCUGCAUUCGUAUUUUCACCAUAUGGCUAAUUAAGUUUUGUCUAACUACUCAAAGGAAAUAAACAUCAAGCUGUUAAACUGCUGAGUAAAUUCAAAACUUAUAUGAGGACAGCACAAUACAAGCUACUGUUCUGUGAACAUCAACUCAGACUUAUUAGCAAUUAUUCAAAUAGUUGCUAAGCCACCAACUUUAUUAAACUUUUGCUCAAAUAAAAAGCUCCUGAUCUACCAUUACCUUAAACCUGUACAUGAUGUCAAUUAAGGAUUUUAUAAUAAACCAAGUCA